GGGCCCCGCGCUCUCCCCGCCCCCGACGGGCGCCCGGCCCUCGGUGCCGCCAUGGAGGAGCAGAAGGAGAACCGCCCGCAGGCAGCCCCGAACGAGGCCUCGGCGCCGCCCGCCGCGGCCGCCCGCCCGCCGGGGAGGCAGCAGUGUAGGAUCAGUGACCAAGAAACUAAUGGGAAAAAGUCAACUGCCAGUCCAAACGACUUCAGUGAUCCAGUUUACAAAGAAAUUGCCAUGACCAAUGGUUAUAUCAACAGAAUGACCAGAGAGGAGCUCAGAAGUAAACUUGCAGAGUUCAAGCUUGAAACCAGAGGAGUAAAAGACGUGCUGAAAAAGAGACUGAAAAACUAUUACAAGAAACAGAAGCUGAUGCAGAAGGAACCCAUUAAUAGAGACAGCUGCUAUGACUACAUCUGUGUUGUUGACUUUGAAGCAACAUGUGAAGAAGGAAACCCACCUGAAUUCGUACAUGAAAUAAUUGAGUUUCCUGUUGUCUUACUAAACACACAUACCUUGGAAAUAGAGGACACCUUUCAGCAAUACGUGAAGCCAGAGAUUAAUCCCAAGCUUUCAGACUUCUGCAUCAGGCUGACAGGAAUCACCCAGGACAUUGUUGAUAAAGCUGAAACAUUUACUCAAGUUCUGCAGAAUGUCAUAGAGUGGAUGAGACAGCGAGAACUGGGAACAAAGUAUAGCUAUUCCAUGUUGACAGAUGGAUCUUGGGAUAUGAGUAAAUUUCUGAACACCCAGUGCCGUAUUAGCCGUAUCAAAUACCCUUCUUUUGCCAAAAGAUGGAUCAAUAUUCGCAAAUCAUAUGGGAACUUCUAUAAGGUUCCUAGGAACCAGACCAAGCUAACAAUGAUGCUUGAAAAUCUGGGUAUGAAUUAUGAUGGGAGACCUCACAGUGGACUUGAUGAUUCUAAAAACAUUGCAAGGAUAGCUAUAAGGAUGCUACAGGAUGGCUGUGAACUGCGGGUGAAUGAGAGAAUGCAUGCUGGACAACUUAUGACAGUCUCCUCCUUGGCCCCCUUAGAGGGAGCCCCUGCUCCACAGAUGCCCCGCUACAGAAACUAGCAAUACAGGGAUUCUGCCUUAGGAACUGCUCUCAGAUACCCAUGAAGGACUGCUACAAAGCUUACUGAACAGACACCUCAGCCAACCUGUCUGCAGUGCAGAAUCCAGAAGCACCUUAACAGAUCAUUUCUGUUGAAAUAAAGAGUGUGGAAGCUCUUUGCUCUUUGCAGCCUGUGUUACAGCAUUUUUUUUUCCUUAUGAUAUUUUGCUGUUGCUUGCAACUUACCCAGCAGUAAGGUUGAUAUGUGGGAUCUAGGCAAUGUGUUAAGCUUUAACGAACAUGUAAUUUAAACACAUGUAAAGAUCAAUUUGCCCUGUGCACGGCUGUUCCACCCCAGCCUGUGGGUAGUAUAUAUUCGCUAUGCCCUACUCUUAAUGAUAUCUAGCAUCUGAUUAUUCAUUGCACACAAAUAAGGCAUGGCUGGAAGAACUGAAAUAGUGAGUGGUUGGGCUGGCCUUUCCUGGUAAGGCAGUCUUCUAAGGGCUCCUGCUGGUAACUUUCUGGGGUUUUUUACAAAGUCUAGAAGAAAUGGGAGAAUGUUCAUCAGUUCUAAAGCAGUAGAAAAGUAUUGUGUUGUCUGGGUGUUGGUUUUGUUUUCCUUUGAGGGAUAUGUUUGUCUGCUUCCAUGUUGAACAGAAGAGCUGUGUGUUGAAUAAAAAUUCCAUUAAUGCGG